CAUUGAUCCAGCAUCAGGCAGCAGAUCUGUUCUCUCUACAGGGUCAACACUUUCCCAGAUUCAAAUAGAAGCUCUGUCAGUGUCUCUCCAUUACCCCCAGUCCUCCAGCUGUUCCCCUGAGACCUAAUCAUUGUCCCUCAGGCAUUGAGAGUAAUAAGUGUGUUGCCGCGUCACAUGCCUUAUUGUCCCAACGAGCUCUCUGAUUGGAUGAGACUGUGAGAAACUCCAGUCAGACCCAAACCCACACAUUCACAUGGAGAUGUGGGACUAUAAAUAGGAGGGAUGAAGCCAGCAGAGAUCAGAUUCUCUCUACAGAGACCUCUACAGCACAGACAUCCAGACAUGGCACCUUCAAUCACUUCAGCAAUGACCAACUCUCAGGAACAUCUGACUCUGACACACAAGCUCAGAAAACCUCAGGUGGAGAAGUUACGCAGAGAGCGAAUCAACAGCAGCAUUGAGCAGCUCAAGUCUCUCCUGGGUCCAGAGUUCCUCAAACAAGAGCCAGACUCCAAGCUGGAGAAAGCAGACAUCCUGGAGAUGACAGUUUGUGUCCUCAGACGACUGCAGCAGCAUCAGAUUUCCCAGAGAAGACUGCUGAACCACUUCAACAAGCUGCAGCCUUCCUCUGAUAAGAACCUGAGAGAGGCUGACUUCUCUCCUCUGAGCUCCACAGUCCAGACCAGCAACACCAAAGAGAAGAGUCCAGUCAACUGCGCCCCCUGGAGGCCGUGGUAGACACCAACAGACUGGAGUUACUACCAGACAAACUGAGACGACCACAUUGGUCAAAGAAUACUGGACUGAAAUCUAUGAGAUUUUAUGAAAAUGUUUUUCUUCAAUUCUUGUCAUGCAUGUUGCAUGAUCCAAAUCUAAUUGCUUCAGCAAUUGUUAUAUAUCACUGUACUUUAUGUAUAGCUGGUAUAUGAUCCGGUUACAUUUGUAAUCCUUUAAUAUUAUUGAUCAUACUGAUCAAAAACAUCGACCUGUCCUAUUGAAGACAUAUUGUCAUCAAGGAUCUUAAUUUGAUAUUUUAUAACUGAUCUGUUGUAAGAUCUAAUUUCUUAUCCUUUCUUGUAAAGGUUUUCUUAACGUCACAUUUUUCUUGUGAUAAUUUUAUUACUUCCUGCAUGUGAUACAUGUCUAUAUGUUUGACUGCACAUCAUGUGCAGCAACAAUGUGGAGGUAUUUAUUACCUCUUGAUAAUUGUUAUUGAUUUUGAAUUAACUUGUUCAUUUCUUGAACAUUACUUUGGAUCA